AUGGCAGGUGAACGUCAGAAAGUUGCAUUGGUAACUGGAGCAUCUUCAGGAAUAGGGUUUGAGACCUCAAUUGAACUAGCAAAGAGAGGAUAUGUUGUCUUUGCUGGAGCCAGAAGAUUGGAGCCAAUGGCGAAAUUGAAGGAUUACGGUGUCAAGACCUUCAAGUUGGAUGUCAGUGACUUGCAAAGUGUGCAAGAUGCCCGUAGCUACAUUCAAAAGGAAACUGGUGGAAAUUACUUGGACAUUUUGUACAAUAACGCAGGUCAAUCUUGUACAAUACCUACAACUGAUGUCACUGACGAGCAAAUCAAGCAAUGUUUUGAAGUGAAUGUGUUUGGAGCAAUGCGUAUGGUUAGAGAAUUCAUCCCACUUUUGAUUAAUGCAAAGGGUGUUAUUGGAUUCACCGGUUCCGUUAGUGGACUCAACCCAUUCCCAUUUUCGUGUACUUAUUCUGCAACGAAAGCUGCAAUCGAACUGUACGCUUCGGUUUUGAGAGUCGAAAUGAAGCCAUUUGGAGUGAGAGUCAUUAACUUCAUUACUGGUGGUGUCAAUACCGACAUUGAAGACAAGAGAAGUUUGCCAGAGUCGUCACUUUUCAAUGUGCCAGGAAUGGAGGAAGCUUUUGACGAGAGAAGACAAUUGGCAGUCAAGAACAACCCACUUCCUGCUGAUGUGUAUGCCAAACAAGUUGCCGACGACUUUGAACGGGCCAAGUUGGGAGGCUCAUUACACUUGUAUCGUGGGAAAAUGGGAUUUUUCUUGGGUUUUAUAACUCCUCUUCUUCCAAGGUUUCUUCUUGAGUGGGCUCUUGUUCGUAGGUUCAAAUUUGCUGGUGUUUUCGAAUACUUGAGAAAAAAGUAUGCCAAAGGUUUCCCAGCUUGA